AUAGGUUUUUUGUUGCUGGCAUCACUUUUCUCUAUAAACUCAAAACUUUGUCUCACACACACUCUCUCUCUCUCUCUCUCUCUCCGGCUUCUGCAACUCCACCUGAAAACAAAACAUGAACUGGAUCGUCGUCUCCAAUCAUCUCUAGUGCUUCUCACUUAGACUCUCGGUACGAAGACACGUGUCUUCUCAAACCAAGAAGAAGCUAUGUUCAAGCCCUUUGGUUCCGCUGCAGAAACGAGUUUCCAUCUCCUGAGAACGCAAUGGUUGCAACUAGAAAACUCGCUUUGCCUGAAGGAACGUAUAAGCAUCGCUACGCAAGUGGCUUUCCUCGCUUUCUUUGUUAUUCAUUUGGCACUUAAAUGGUUUGGUGUAGUGAGAAACAGAGGAUCUAACGAUGUAGAAGAAGACUUGAAGAAGCAGAGCAUAACUGUGAAGCAGAGCUUCUCUUAUAACAUAUCUCUUCUCUGCUCUGUUUCUAUCUUAGGGACUCAUUGCUUUAUCUUGCUUUUGCUGUUUCGAGACAGCGUGGUCUCACGGUGUGAUUCCUCUGUUUCGGUCUUCUCCGCUGAGAUUUCGCAGGCUUUCUCGUGGUUGAUUGUUUCUGUUGUUGUGGUGAAGAUCAGAGAAAGGAGGCUUGUUAAGUUUCCUUGGAUGUUAAGGUCAUGGUGGCUCUGUAGUUUCAUCUUAUCCUUUGCCUUUGAGGCUCAAUUCAUAACCGCGAAACACGAGCCUCUCGGGUUUCAGGAUUAUGCUGACUUGAUUGGUCUUCUUGCAUCAUUGUUCUUGAUAGCUGUUUCAAUCAGAGGGAACACCGGUUUUCGCCUUCUUGAAUCCGGCGGAAUCACAGAGCCACUACUACUUGAUGGCCAAACAGAGCAGAACAAGAAAGAUGUUUCUUCCACUUCUCCAUAUGGGAACGCUACUCUCUUCCAACGCAUCACUUUCUCAUGGAUCAACCCUUUAUUCUCCCUCGGAUACAAGAGACCUCUCCAAAAAGACGAUGUACCAGAUAUCGAUGUGAAAGAUUCUGCUCGAUUUUGCUCUUAUGCCUUUGACCAGAAACUGAAAAUCACCAAAGAAAAAGAAGGACCUGGAAAUGCUUUCUUCUAUAACUCGGUUCUUCGCUAUGUCUGGAGGAAAGCCGCGAUCAACGCGGUAUUUGCAGUUGUAAACGCGAGCACAGCUUACAUCGGACCAUAUCUCAUCAAUGACUUUGUAGAGUUUCUAGGUGAGAAACAAUCGCAGAGCUUAAACCAUGGUUACCUUCUUGCACUCGGGUUUCUAAGUGCGAAAAUCGUCGAGACAGUUACUCAAAGACAAUGGAUCUUUGGAGCUCGUCAGCUAGGACUACGCCUUCGAGCAGCUUUGAUAUCGCAUAUAUACCAAAAAGGUUUAGUUUUAUCAAGUCAAUCACGGCAAAGCCACACGAGCGGAGAGAUCAUCAACUACAUGAGUGUAGAUGUUCAGAGAAUCACGGACUUCAUUUGGUAUGUAAACAAUAUAUGGAUGUUACCUAUACAGAUUUUCUCGGCGAUUUAUAUCUUGCAAAAACAUCUGGGACUUGGAGCUUUAGCUGCAUUGGUCACAACUUUAAUGGUGAUGGCUUGCAAUUACCCCCUGACAAGGCUUCAGAGAAACUACCAAUCAGAUAUCAUGAAUGCCAAAGAUGAUAGAAUGAAAGCAACGUCAGAGAUUCUCAAAAACAUGAAGAUUCUGAAGCUUCAAGCAUGGGAUAACCAAUUUCUCAACAAGGUUAAAACAUUAAGAAAGAAAGAGUAUGAUUGUUUAUGGAAGUCUUUGAGGUUACAAGCUUUCACAACUUUCAUCCUUUGGGGAGCUCCUUCACUGAUCUCUGUGGUGACUUUUGUUACGUGUAUGUUAAUGGGAGUGAAGCUAACAGCUGGAGCAGUCUUAUCUGCUCUUGCAACGUUUCAAAUGUUACAAAGUCCGAUUUUCGGUUUACCUGAUCUCCUCUCAGCGCUUGUCCAGAGCAAGGUUUCUGCAGAUAGAAUAGCUUCUUACCUUCAACAAAGCGAGACUCAGAAAGAUGCAGUUGAGUAUUGCUCAAAGGAUCAUACAGAAUUAAGUGUUGAAAUAGAAAAUGGAGCAUUCAGUUGGGGACCUGAGCCAAGCAGACCGACUCUUGAUGAGAUAGAACUGAAAGUAAAAAGAGGAAUGAAAGUGGCGAUUUGCGGAGCUGUAGGAUCAGGAAAAUCAAGCUUACUCUCAUCAAUCUUAGGGGAGAUUCAGAAGCUGAAGGGAACAGUUAGAGUCAGUGGUAAACAAGCUUAUGUUCCUCAAUCGCCAUGGAUACUAAGCGGGACUAUAAGAGAUAACAUUUUGUUUGGAAGCAUCUAUGAAAGCGAGAAGUAUGAGAGAACUGUUAAAGCAUGUGCUUUGAUAAAGGACUUUGAGCUUUUCUCUAAUGGAGACCUGACAGAGAUUGGAGAAAGAGGGAUAAACAUGAGUGGAGGUCAGAAGCAAAGGAUACAGAUUGCUAGAGCGGUUUAUCAGAAUGCUGAUAUAUAUCUUCUCGAUGAUCCUUUUAGCGCCGUUGACGCUCAUACCGGAAGAGAACUCUUUGAAGAAUGCUUAAUGGGGAUACUGAAAGACAAAACUGUACUUUACGUUACACAUCAAGUCGAGUUUCUUCCAGCAGCAGAUCUAAUCCUGGUGAUGCAAAACGGAAGAGUGAUGCAAGCAGGCAAAUUCGAAGAGCUUCUAAAGCAGAACAUUGGUUUUGAAGUUCUUGUAGGAGCUCACAACGAAGCGCUAGACUCAAUCCUAUCAAUUGAAAAGUCAAGCAGAAACUUCAAAGAGGAAUCAAAAGAUGACACAGCAUCAAUUGCAGAGAGUCUCCAGACACAGUGUGACUCAGAGCAUAACAUUUCAACAGAGAAUAAAAAGAAAGAAGCAAAGCUAGUGCAAGAUGAAGAAACAGAGAAAGGAGUAAUUGGCAAAGAAGUUUACUUGGCAUAUUUAACAACGGUGAAAGGCGGAUUGCUUGUGCCACUCAUAAUAUUGGCUCAGUCUUGCUUCCAAAUGCUACAGAUUGCUAGCAAUUACUGGAUGGCAUGGACUGCUCCUCCAACUGCUGAAUCCAUACCAAAGUUAGGAAUGGAUCGGAUUUUACUUGUUUACGCACUUCUUGCUGCAGGAAGUUCACUUUGUGUUUUAGCACGGACUGUUCUAGUCGCGAUAGGUGGACUUUUAACAGCAGAGACGUUCUUCUCAAGGAUGCUCUGCAGCAUUUUCAGAGCUCCCAUGUCAUUUUUCGAUUCAACUCCAACAGGAAGAAUCUUGAACAGGGCAUCCACAGAUCAAAGUGUCCUGGAUUUGGAAAUGGCUGUCAAACUAGGUUGGUGUGCGUUUUCGAUCAUUCAGAUUGUUGGAACCAUCUUCGUCAUGUCGCAAGUUGCUUGGCAAGUUUGUAUCAUCUUCAUUCCAGUAGCAGUAGCCUGCGUGUUUUACCAGAGAUAUUACACACCAACAGCAAGAGAACUGUCGCGCAUGUCAGGAGUAGAAAGAGCUCCAAUCCUCCACCAUUUUGCUGAAUCGCUUGCUGGUGCAACAACAAUACGCGCUUUUGAUCAACGAGAUCGCUUCAUUAGCUCGAACCUUAUUCUAAUUGAUAACCAUUCAAGGCCUUGGUUCCAUGUUGCAUCAGCAAUGGAGUGGCUUUCCUUCAGAUUGAAUUUACUGUCUCAUUUUGUCUUUGCUUUUUCCUUGGUGUUACUUGUGACUCUCCCUGAAGGUGUCAUCAAUCCAAGUAUUGCUGGUCUUGGGGUCACAUAUGGCUUAAGUCUGAAUGUUUUACAAGCCACAGUGAUAUGGAACAUAUGCAAUGCAGAAAACAAGAUGAUUUCCGUAGAAAGAAUUCUUCAGUACUCCAAAAUCCCCAGUGAAGCACCUCUAGUAAUUGAUGAUCACAGACCUCUUGAUAACUGGCCAAAUUCAGGAUCAAUCGUCUUCAAAGACCUACAGGUCCGUUAUGCAGAAAAUUUCCCAGCUGUCUUGAAGAACAUCAACUGUGAGUUUCCAGGAGGAAAAAAGAUUGGAGUUGUAGGAAGAACAGGAAGCGGCAAAUCAACUUUAAUUCAGGCAUUGUUUAGGAUUGUAGAGCCAAGUCAAGGAACCAUAGUUAUUGAUAAUGUGGAUAUAACCAAGAUAGGUCUACAUGACCUGAGAUCAAGGCUUGGGAUUAUUCCUCAAGAUCCAGCACUAUUUGAUGGAACAAUCAGAUUGAAUCUAGACCCUCUUGCUCAGUACACUGAUCGCGAAAUAUGGGAGGCUCUUGAUAAAUGCCAAUUGGGAGAUGUUAUUCGUGCAAAGGAUGAGAAGCUGGAUGCUACAGUGGUUGAAAAUGGAGAAAAUUGGAGCGUAGGGCAAAGACAGUUAGUUUGUCUUGGGAGGGUGUUGUUGAAGAAAAGCAAUAUUCUGGUGCUAGAUGAAGCUACUGCUUCAGUUGAUUCUGCAACUGAUGGUGUGAUACAAAAGAUCAUCAAUCAAGAGUUUAAAGAUCGAACAGUGGUGACUAUUGCACACAGAAUCCACACAGUGAUCGAGAGUGAUCUUGUUCUGGUUCUGAGUGAUGGACGAAUCGCGGAGUUUGACUCACCAGCAAAACUGCUACAGAGAGAGGAUUCUUUCUUCUCCAAACUCAUUAAAGAGUAUUCGCUGAGAUCUAAUCACUUUACCGGCUCAAAUGAUCUUCUCAGCUGAGUAUCACUAAAAGAUGGAUGAUCUUUUUUAGAGAAAAAAAGAUCAAUUCAACAGUUAAGCUAAAGUUGAAAGUCUAACUAGCUAUUUAGUACAUAAGUUGAACAUGCAUAGACAUGGAGAGAACACCAUGGUUAGAAGCAUGGCGCAUCGAAGAAAAUUCAGUUCAACAUUUUUUCAGUAUCUUUUAUGUUUAUUUAAAUCACAAACGUGCUCGUGGUUUGGGUUCUUUACUGAGUUCUCAGUGUGUUCUUGGAGACUUUUCAUGUAGCCAGUGGAAUAAAAGCAGGAAAAUAUCUUCUGUAUUAAGAUAAAGUUUUAAGGAAAGUUUCGAUAUUGCAACAAUGUGGUUAUCAUGUAAAGAUAGCAUGGAAAAUUCGAUUCUUUUGCAAAAGUUUCACAAAUAAA